CCAACUAGUGCCGAAGAAGAAAGAGUCUGCUAUACCGAACAUGGCUAACUCUAAUUCAAAACGAGAGAGAAUAGGUCAGGCAGCUGCCAUUUUAAACACCAUUCUAUCUUCUCCGGAGGCAACCAGUACUUUGACAGGCGCAUUAAACGAUUCAACGACUGCCCGCAGUGGUACAGUAGAUUCAGAACUGUCAUCUCUGUUCCGUUCCGGAGCGGCCAGGGAAAGUUCUGCGGUGCCGGUGCCACCAGAUUAUCAAGGACCGAGCUCCGGGGUUCCUGGACCCCCGCGUUAUCAAGUGCAACAGUCGUUCGGACCUUGGUCGUGUACCCGAAAAAGAAGACCCAGACUUGCCCCAUACCAUGAAUGCUUUAACAAAGAAGUAAUACUCCUUCCAAAUCCUAGUUGGGAUGUGAUUUGCCACCCACCUUUAAAGCAAUACUUGCAUGAGAAUGGUCACAUAUUGAGUGCUUUUGAGUUCCAUAAGACUUGGGACUUUCAUAUGGUGGUCCAGCAAAUCAGAGAGGGCUUUGGCUCUAAAAUUCCUCAAAAUGUCAGCCUUCAGAUCCUCAUGGGUUGUGGAAAGAAACUGGUCAGUCCAAAAUUGCAACACGGUCAGCAACUCAAUGGUCAGCUGAUUCAAAAGGUUUUUAAAUCAAAGGCUCUGUACGUCAGACCGUCAGAAACACUUCUUGAACCUCCUGAAGUAAGCAGUGAAACAACAUAUGAAACAUCUCUACGGCUUACCAGAGCCACAACCAGACGUAGACAACAGAACACUAUCGAGACCAUGUUCUGCAAUGUUUUGGAGAGUGCAGAUGAAGUACUGCUGGGAGAGACGCAUUCAACCUAUGGCCAAUCUUAUACAAGCAAUCUGCCUUCUGUUGAAAAUGCAAGUCAGUCAUCUGCCAUUGUGCAUCCUACACCUAUCAGCUCCAGUUCAUCUGCUACAGACUUCAACCCCUCUGUUUCGGAUGAAGGAUGUCAAGACGAACCUACAGCACACGCAUCUGGCAACUACUCAACUUAUUUGUCUGUGAUGUGUAAUGUUUCUGAUCUGUCCUCUGAGGAUGAGGAAAUGAAUCAUGCCAUUUUGGCCAGUAUUGAAACUCACUUAUCUGAAACUUCAUCAAAUACGUUGCCUGCAAAAGACAUUCUUCAGGAGCUGUCUCAAAGUAUCAACACUGGAAUGCACAGCAAAUUUAAUAUCAGUCGAUCUGCAGUGUUGGAUGGUGCCAUACGGGGUUUUAAGAGGGCGACCUACAAUCCACAAUACUCAAUGAAUGUGAAGUUUUCCGAUGAUUUCGGAAAAUCUGAAGAGGCAGUGGACUUGGGUGGCCCACGGAGAGAAUUUCUGCGUCUUCUCAUUGAAGCCCUGUCUGUGUCUCCGAUGUUUGAAGGCCCAGAUGGAAGAAAGAAUUUAGCAAUGAACAGUACAGCCCUCAGGGAGGACACGUAUUUCCUGGCUGGAAGGGCAAUAGCUGUUAGCCUUGUCCAUGGAGGUCCAGCACCUCGCUUUCUUUCUCCAGUACUUUUUGAUGGCUUGGUUGGAGGUCCAAAUGCAGCUUGCCCUACUUUAAAUGACAUAAGUGAUGCAGACCUCCAUGCAAAACUGAAAAAGGUAUCUGACAGUUGCACUCUGGAAGAGCUUCAAAAAGCCACAGAUCCUCUUUUGGACUACAUGGCCAGCGCAGGUUGCGUCAGGCGCUUCACAGCAAUCAGCGAUAGAGAUCUUCUCGUGCAUGAUUUGCUGAUGUUUCAUAUUGUACAUCGGGUCCAGGGACCUUUUCAGAGAUUUACAGAAGGACUGAAGACACUGGGAGUUCUGGAUGCUGUGAAGCUGCAUCCAGACAGUUUUCGGAAGUUGUUUUGCCACGAACCCCAGCCGUUAACUGCAGACGUAAUGGACGAACUUUUCACACCUCGACUUUCCCCCAAAGGAAGUAACAAGAGAAGAGUGGAAGAAGACGUUAUUCCUUUGUGGAGGGAUUAUCUGCAAGAUGCAGAAGAUGAGGAAGGUUCAUCCAAGCUACAGAACAUCCUUGUUUUUGCAACUGGAGCAAGCGAGAUACCACCAAUUGGCUUUUCUCCUGGACCAUCUAUUGAGUUUCUUCAUGGCAGCAGUGAAGAAAGCCACUCAAAAAAGCUUCCGAUGGCAAAUACAUGCAUAAAUUGUCUGAAACUACCAGUCCUGACUUGUUAUGAAGUGUUUAAGGAAAACAUGGACUUUGCUUUAGCAAACACUCAAGGAUUUGGGAGAACAUAAAAGGUUUUCAUUUGAGUGACUGACAUAUCACUAUGCCAAGUUGUGUUGAAAUAAAGUUUAGAGUUUGUAUGUACACCUUGCAAAGGCUGGUCCAGUUAGCAAAGUAAUGUUCUAACAUUGUCCCUGCUAGUUUGAAUUAGGGGUUAGACAUAAUGUAAAAAAAAAAUGCAUUUUAAAUGUAUCAGUUUUAUACAGUUUCUUUGUUUUAAUCUGUUUAGGUUUGGCUAAAUUUGACAAAUCCUUAUUGACAACUUCUGUGCACAUUGAUUCAGUGCAUCAUGUUUUAAUGUAAAAAAAUGUUAUAUGUAUAGUUUCAUUUUAUUAGCCUUUGGUUUUUUACUGUGUGAAAUUUUAAAGAUUUUACAUUA